GGCAACGAGCGAACUGGUUUCCGGUGGCCAGAGGCAACAGGCUCACUAGCCCGGGAUUAAGUUGGAUCGGGGGAGAUUAUCGCUCUCUCCCUCUCCGUAGUUUGAUGACAGUGCUGCGGUCUGUUCUGCGCUCAAUCUCUUGGGAAUGAUUUGCCACCAGAUAUUGGUUUUGGAGUGUCUGUGCAAUUGAUGAAGAGUGCGGCAUCCGCAGAAUAGAAUAUUUGGGCCGUGAAGUGUCAAAGGUCAAGGCUGCAGUGACCAUGAGGCAGGCCGUGGAGGCUCAGGUAUUAAGCCCCUACUGUGAACUGGGAGAGCAGGGACUUCGGCAGAUCCUGACAGAUGUGGUGGAGGAGGUUCGACGUACACUGAAUCAGGACAUCGAUGGGACAGAGAUUCUCCACAGUCUGCUCAAUGCCCCCUGGUUGCAAUCACUGCUCAAAAUGUAUGAAUGUCUUCAAAGAUACCUACGGGAAUCCCCGGCUCCAGUUCUGGAUUACACCUCUGAUCUCUCAUUUCAGUUGUUGAUUGACAUCAAGGCAUUCCCAGGCUGCUCCGAGGAAGCUAAAGAGCUUGACCGUCUCCUGCGACAGCCUCACCUUCAGGCGCUGCUUUCUGCCCAUGACACUGUGGCCCAAAAGAACUACGAGCCUGUGUUGCCGCCGAUGUCAGAUGACGUUCCAGACGAAGAGGAAGCCACCAGGAUCGUGUGCCUGGUCAAGAACAAGCAGCCGCUGGGAGCAACAAUAAAAAGAAACGAAAUCACUGGGGAGAUUUUUGUCGCUCGGGUGAUUCAUGGAGGCUUGGCUGAUCGCAGUGGUUUGCUCCACGCAGGGGACCGGAUCAUAGAGGUGAAUGGCUUUCCGGUGAAUGGCUUGGAGCCAGAGCAAGUCAUUCAAGUUGUGCAGGCCAGAGCACAGGGAACCAUCAUCUUCAAAGUGGUUCCUAUCACCGACAGGCCCAUUCAUAACCAUACCAUGCUUUACGUGCGUGCUAUGGUGGACUACAACCCUCAGCAAGAUCCCACCAUCCCCUGCACAGACGCUGGUGUGGGUUUCAGGAAAGGUGAUGUUCUGGAGAUCGUAGACCAGACAGACGCUCUGUGGUGGCAGGCCAAGAAACUGCCCAGCAAUGUGACUUGUGCAGGCCUUAUUCCCUCCAGCAAUCUACUCAAACGGAAGCAGAGGGACUUGUUGUCAUAUCAGCCGCACACCUGUAUACACAUACUGAGCACGGUGGAGGAAGAGGAGGACCUCAUGGCCAUUGAUGAGAAAUGUGUUGAAGCGGAUGAGGAGGCUUUUGAAUCUGACGAGCUCAGAGUUGAGGAGGAUGAUUUCAGCAGCAGAAUUGCCGGAGUAUACCUGGCUGGUUUCAGGCACAGCUUGCGUCUAUGUCGCAGACGAUUUCAGAGCACUCCCCAAAUCUCCUGCCCAGCCAAGUGUUCCAACAACUGCAACAUUGCCCUCAAUUGUUAUGAGGAGGUAGUGCGCUACCAACGCAGUUCCAGUGAUUUGUAUCGCCUCAUUGCCCUACUAGGGCCAUCGGGUGUGGGUGUGAAUGAACUUCGCAGACGCUUGAUUGAAAUGGAUCCCGACACAUUCCAAGGAGCAGUACCUUAUACCACAAGAGCACCCAAAGGAUACGAAGAGUCUGGGAGAGAAUAUCACUUCACCAGCCGAGAGGUCUUUGAAAACAUGGUGUACAAAAGCAGGUUCUUGGAGUACGGUGAGUAUAAAGGAAAUCUCUAUGGCACCAGCAGAGAAGCUGUGAGGGACGUUUUGAACAGUGGCAAGAUCUGCGUCAUUGACAUCGAACCAAAUGCCAUUCAGGCUGUUAGAACACAUGACCUGCGGGCUUAUAUCAUCUAUGUGAAACCACCCCCGCUGGAGCAACUAAGAGAGACAAGAAAGGACUCGUACAUAACCACUGACUACUACGUCAACCGCCCCUUCAAAGAUGAAGACUUGCAGGAGAUGGAGGAGGCUUCGCGGAAGCUUGAGUUCCACUACGCACAGUUCUUUGAUUGCGUGAUCGUCAACAGUGAGUUGCAGGAGUCCUGCGACCAAUUGCUGGACACAAUUCGGAAGGCACAGGAUGAGCCACAGUGGGUCCCUACCAACUGGAUACGAUCCACCGCAGACUCGUAGAUACAAUUGUAAGAGGUUAUACAGAAAUGUAGUCCCCGUUACCAGGUUAAUGUGUUUUAUGUUUAAUAUGUUCUCUUACUUAUAAUCGAGAUGGAUUUUUCUGUUCAAUGUUUACACUUUGGGCUUCGAAUUAUUUUGUUAUUGUUUUUUUGGUUUGUUUUUUAUUCAUAUCAUUUUAAAAUGGGUCACUUGCAUGCAAUGCAUGCCAAAACACGUUAAAACUGUCGGGCAAAAUUUGUUGGUCAAAACCUGUUUACAUUGUUAGAAUAACUUGUGACACUCUGCAUUGCUAAUUUGGCGCUUUGAAAUGAUGAAAUCUUUAUGACAAUAAAACUGUCAAAUUUGA